AUGAAAGAGGCUUCAAAGAUCGUCGACAACCUGAACGAAGACGAAGAUCCCUUCUGGCAGCUCAUCGAACCUCUGAUCCUGAGUGAGUUUCCCCGGAGUGAGAUGGAGCGUGUCAUCGGCUUCAUUGAGUACUCGACCAACAAGCGCUCGUUGCCCCCGUCCAUCGUCGACGACAAGUGGCGCCCGCACGAGGAGAUUCAUGCGUUCAUGGCAAGUUGCUCAAGGAGAGAUGGCAUUCCUGCGUCCCCAUUCCGCGACACCUCCGCGUUUCCCUUCAUCGCUGAGCUGGAGGCGAACUAUGAAAAGAUCAAGGCAGAGUUCGAAGCACUGCUGGAGAAAGAGUCCGAUCGCUUCCAAUCGGUGACGUCAAUGAACUACAAGAGCGGGUGGAAGACUCUGGUCCUCUACUACAACGGGCACGGGAUCGAUGGCUUUCCUUACCAUCUUUGCCCCGUCACCAAGAGCAUUCUCGACAAGGUGCCAGUGGCUGGGAGGAUCGCUGGUUUCAACCGCCAGUCCCCUCAGAGUGGAAUCCCGUUGCACUCAGACGGCAACAACAUGUGGCUCACAUGCCAGAUGGGGAUCAAGGUACCUGCGGGGCAGAAGGCAUGGAUCCGCGUUGGACCAGAGACGAGGCGAUGGGCCCCGGGCAAGUGCCUGCUGUACGACACGACAUUCGAACAUGAGACGUUCAACGAGAGCCCCGACGAGGAGAGGGUUGUGCUCCAUGUGGACUUCUGGAACUUUGCGGACUUGACGCCAAUGGAAGUUCGAGCGAUGCAGCGGAUCUACCAGCUGCGAGAGAUGUACCUGCAGGCGGAGGGGCUGCUGGAGGUGGGAGGCAAGCUGUAA